UUGAGCGAAUGGUGGAGUGUACACCGGAAGCACGGGUUAAUAUAGCACUACCGUGUACUUAAUUCUAUCUUUCCAACUAAACUGCUUGCAAUGUCUCACAGAAAGUUUGAGGCGCCAAGACACGGAUCCAAGGGAUUUCUCCCUAAGAAGCGUUCCAAAACCUUCAGAGGGCGCGUCAAGUGCUUCCCCAAGGAUGAUUCCAGCAAACCUGUGCAUCUUACCUGCUUCAUGGGAUACAAGGCUGGCAUGACCCAUAUUGUACGCGAUGUCGACAGGCCUGGCUCUAAGGUCAACAAGAAGGAGGUCGUCGAGGCUUGUACUAUCAUCGAGACUCCUCCAGUUGUCUGCGUUGGAAUGGUUGGAUAUAUUGAGACUCCCCGUGGUCUCAGAGCCCUGAAGACAGUCUGGGCUGAGCAUAUUGGAGAGGAGUGCAAGAGAAGAUUCUACAAGAAUUGGUCCCAGUCCAAGAAGAAGGCUUUCACAAAAUCUUGCACUAAGUGGGCUGAUGAUGCUGGUAAGAAGAUGAUUGAGAAGGAGCUCAACCAGAUCAAGAAGUACUGCACUGUUGUCAGAGUUAUUGUGCACACUCAAAUGAAAAUCCUUCAUCGCAGACAGAAGAAAGCUCACAUCAUGGAGGUCCAGCUGAACGGUGGAAGCAUCUCCGACAAGGUCAACUUUGCCAGGGAACAUUUUGAGAAGGAGGUCCCAGUUACCGCUGUGUUCGCCCAAGAUGAGGUCAUUGACGUCAUCGGUGUCACCAAGGGUCAUGGAUUUAAAGGUGUAACUUCACGUUGGCACACAAAGAAGCUUCCCCGUAAGACUCAUAAAGGUCUAAGGAAGGUUGCCUGUGUUGGAGCUUGGCAUCCUAGCCGUAUCCAGUACACUGUUCCCAGGGCUGGACAAAAGGGAUUCCAUCACCGUACUGAGAUCAACAAGAAGAUCUAUAGAAUUGGCGAGGGUUACAAGAUGGUUGAUGGAAAGCUGAUCAAGAACAGUGGAGCUACAGAUUACGAUCUGGCUGACAAAUCCAUUAAUCCAAUGGGUGGGUUCCCUCACUACGGAGAGGUCAAACAAGAUUUCCUUCUCAUCAAGGGAGCUUGUAUUGGACACAAGAAGAGAGUUCUCACUCUGAGAAAGUCCCUGCUAACUCACACCAAGAAGAGGUAUCUGGAGAAGGUCAGCUUAAAGUUUAUCGACACCAGUUCCAAGUUCGGUCACGGUCGAUUCCAAACCGCACAGGACAAGGCCUCCUUCAUGGGCCCCCUCAAGAAGGACAAGAAAGAAUAAAUUGUUAUUUUAUCCAAAUAAUAAAUUUGUUAUCACCAA